AUGAUCCCAAAGCUUAUUCACUAUUGCGGAUCCUCAUUAGACGGUUCCAGUGACUUUCACCUGGUUGACUGGAAACCUGACAUCAUCCUGAUAGCUCGCCAGGCCAUCGACUUAACGGGUUUGUUGAGAACAGGUGUGUGGUCGUGUGAAGCUGGUUGCUUCUGUGUGUACCACUUAUUUCCUGGCGGCUUGUCGCUGGUAGCCCGUGACCGGGUUUGGUCGGAGCUGCGGGUAAGUCUCGCCCUCCAGGGGCUGCACAAGCUGCUUUUGCCUUACCGGAUCUGCGGUGGCCGCGGAGACUGUUUGUUUGCCUACACUCACCAGUAG